AUGUCGCUGCCGACGCACCGCGCGCGCGACCUCGCGGGCGCGCACGACGGCGCCGUCCUCGCCGCGCGCUUCUCGCGCGACGCCGCGCACUGCGUGACGUGCGGGCGCGACCGCGCGUUCGCGCUCUGGAACGCGCGCAAGGGGACGCUGCUCCGAGUGUACCGCGGCGGACACGCGCGAGAGGUUCGCGACGCGUCGUGCGCGCGAGACGGCGCGCGAAUCGCCACGUGCGGCGGCGACCGAGGCGUGUUUCUGUGGGACGUCGCCACGGGGGCGAGCGUGCGACGGUGGAGCGGACACGAGGGCGAGGGAGGCGCGAACGCGACGGCGCUGUGCGGACCGGGGGACGCGCUGUGCGCGAGCGCGGGGUACGACGCGAGCGUCAGACUGUGGGAUUGUCGAGCGAGCGGCGCGAGGGCGAUGCAGGUGAUGCACGCGCGCACGGGAGUGGCGUUCGGGGACAGCGUGACGAGCCUGAGCGUGGACGAGGACGGGGCGAAAAUCGCGGCGGGGUGCGUGGACGGAUGCGCGAGGACGAUUGAUUUAAGAAACGGGAAAUGUCACGUCGACAGCGUCGGCGCGCCGGUGACGAGCGUGUGCUUCAGUCACGAUAAACAGUGUUUGAUCGUGGGGUGCCUGACCUCGCGCGUCGCGCUGCUCGAUUGCGCGAGCGGGAACGCGAUGGCGACGUAUCGCGGGCACGUCGCCGAGCGCGCGAAAACCGAGUGUCGAUUCUCAAAUACCGACGCCCACGUCGUCGCGUCCUCCGAAGACGGCCGCGUGGUGUUUUGGGAUUUAGUCACGGGCGACGUCGUGCGCGAGCUUCAGGCCCACGACCGAUCCACGGUGGUGUGCUCGAUCGAUUACGCCCCGGAGGGCGCCGAGCCCGCGAUGGCGACGUGCGCCGCCGACGGUACGGCGCGGUACUGGACCGCGCCACCAACCACACAAUAG